GGGUGGCGCCAUAAUCAUAUCGUGUUUGCGGAAGUGUCCCUCGUCACUUUACUAGCACGAGUAAACAGACUUCCAGGAUGUCGUAAGGCGCUAAGUUUUAGCCAGACAUGCUAGGUUACAGAAACGGCUAGAUAUGGUACCGACCCCCGCGGUGGACACGUCCAAGAAGCAGAAAGUGAUUGGCAACAGCACACCGACUAUUAAAUAGGUCGCGAGCUCCCAACAUGCCGCUGGUCGGCUGCUAAACGCGAUGAUGUCUGCGCUCCGUUAAACUAGCACGCUAAGCCGAGCGCGAGCUACAGCUAACUUCAGCUGGUGUUUGGAAUGGUAGAGCGCAGCGCGAGCUCCUCCGGUCAUGGCAGCGGGAGCGGGGGCCGCUUCUGGCGGCUCUCUGGACUCCACUCUGGAGAAGAAGUUUCGAGGUGUUUCCAACACGAUGGAUUCCAUUCAAGGACUUUCGACGUGGUGCAUCGACAACAAGAAGUACCACAGCCUGAUUGUGCGACACUGGAUGAAGUGUUUGAGGAAAUCUGAUACCUCACACAGACUCAACCUGUUUUUCGUCGCCAACGAUGUCAUUCAGAACUGUAAAAGGAAAAAUGCCAUUGUUUACCGUACGGCGUUCGCCGAGAUGCUCCCCGAAGCCUUCUUGCUGGUCAACAAUGAAGGUGACCCCAAAGUAAUUAAAUCGGUCGAGAGGAUACUGUCCAUCUGGGAGGAAAGGGGUGUGUAUUCAGGGACGCUUAUUACUGAGCUCAGGAGUAGCUUAGUCAAAGAGGAGUCCCCCCCCGAGACACCUGUAGAGCAAAAAACUCCAGUUGAGUCCAAAGCAGAUCUACACUCGAAGAUUGUUGCAGAGUUUGUGCCCCAAGCACUAGUCGAGGAACUAUCCAAGUACAAGAAGUCUCUGGAGGAGGUGGACCGGAGAGAAAAACAGCUGGCAGCUAUGAGGAUCGACAUCUGCAGCUCUGAUGCCCUUAAGAGACUCAAAGAUAAGGCCGGAGGAAAGAAAUUUUCAAAGGACUUUGAAGAAGGAAGUGCGCAGCUACAGGAGUUUGUUAAGUUCUUUGACAAACAAAUCGAAACGGGGCCCCCCGUCAUGGAGGCCCUCAGGAACGCAGAUAUCUUCUACGAGAUGCAGUACAAGGAGGUCAAGAUUGUUGCUAAUGCCUACCAGACGUUCGCCAACCGGGUGUCCCAUCUGAAGCGUAAACUGGACGCCCUGAAGGCCAACUUGCCAGACCUGGACGAGUCACCCAUCCCCUCACCCUCUGCAGACGCACCGUCUCCAACCGGAUCGGAGUCCCCUUUUCGUGGUCUGGAAAUGGCCCAUCCCGAUUCAGACCUCGAUGGCUGCGCAAUGGAUGACGAGGCAGAGCCGCCGGCCCCGAGCCCGCUGUCCUCACCGGGAGGAUCCCCCAAACGCACGGCGACUCUCGGCCAGAGUGACAACCGGGAAGUUGAAGACAUGGAGCUCUCUGAGGAAGAAAUUGAUGGCGGUGGAAUUAUAGUUGAGGAGCAGAGUGAAUGCCGCACCAACCCAAAGAUGUCCACUUCAAAAACAGAGACAUCAGUGGCAAUAGAGCAGCUUGUCAUACAGGUCACAGCCCCUGUAGCGCCCCCUGCACCGGCUCCUGUAGCGGCUCCUGUAGCGGCUCCUGUAGCGGCUCCUGUAGCGGCUCCUGUAGCGGCUCCUGUAGCAGCUCCUGUAGCAGCCCCUGUAGUGGCUUCUGUAGCGGUUCCUGUAGCGGCUCCUGCCGCAUCAGUGGAAAGUGUAGACUUGGGUAAAAUUGGCUCCAUCCUCAACAGUUUGAACUCAGUCAUGAAGAACACAGGACCAUCAGUUGAGAGUCCUCCUGCAGCUGCCCCAUCUGGUUCCUCAUUGAAGACUACACCUGCUGUCUCUGUGGCCUCUCAGGAUGCCAGUUCACUGGUUAACCUCCUCUCAAAGGUGGACGUGAGUCCUGCAGACCUCAUCGGAGCUCUCUCCAAAGUCCAAGGCAUCACUUCUCUUCUGAAAAGCCCCACUGCAAAUGUCCCCUCAGACUCCUCCAGAACAGGCAAGAUUCCUCCUUCUCCCUCAUCUACAGCUGCAUCAGCAGUACCCUCUCAGAGCCGGUCUCUCUCCUCUGUUGCACCUGAGCUUUCUUCACACAGCUCCCCUGCUCCGCAGAGUACACGCUCUCAAGCCCCCUCCCAGACUUCCAACCCAGCCUCCGCCCUGGUCCAAGCUCUGCAUAGAGAAAUGGAUUUGACAACGGACCCAGAACCGUCCCUGUCUUCAAAGAGUUUAGAGUCUAAAAUCCACAACUUCCUGCAGGGCAACCCCGCUUUUAAUGCAUUUGGCAUAGGCCUUUCUAAGAACCCAGUGCCGGGAGGAGAUAACCUCAGCCCAGUAACUGGGACAGACACCCAGGGUGGGACUCCAGUGCGGGAUGAGGGCGGAGGCACCCCAACUCAAGAUGAGAUCAUGGACAAGCAUGUGGCGGUCCCAUUCACUUCCAACACACAUCAGUCAUCGGUUGGAGAAACUCUUAAAACGGCCCCUACUGCAUACCAGAACAGCAGUCAGCAGAGCUGCAACAAUCCCCAACCGCCAGCUCACUUGCAGCCAGACGGGGCUCAGAAUGGGCAGGUCUACCAGCCGUACCAAUAUGGCAAACACAAUAUGUCAGAGCAUGGCAUUACCGUACCUGUUGCACAUUACCAGCAGCUUUCUGCCCAAACCGGAGGGCCAAUGCCUGGAGAAGGAGCCCCAGGCAGUGCCAGUGGCUCACAGACAAUGGAAGACUUUCAAAGGGUGGGUGAAAGGGGUUGGUAUGGUGACGCUAACCCAGAGGGGAACUCUCAGCAGCCCAGAGGCUACAAUGUGACAGCGCCUGGAGGGGCUGGAGAAAACAACAGGUCAGGACUUUAUCCAUACCAAGCGGAUCAUUUUCAGGAACCUCAAGAGUUUCCCUCCCAGCAGGGUGCCAUUACAUCCCCUGAUUUCUUCAGAAGCACCCUCCCUCCUGUCCCCAAGUUCCCUCCCCCUCCUCGUGUCUUUGACGGGCCUCCUCCCGCGACCAGCAGUAUGAUGAUGAUGCCGCCGAAGCAGCAGCAGCAGCAGCCGGGGCCUAGCGCAGGCAGAGGCAGAGGCGAGGGGGCCGGGACCAGAGGUGACAGUGUCAUCAGUGGGAUGGUGGUCCACGACCAUCAACACAAAUCCAUAUUUCAUCCCGACGAUUCGCUGUAUGAUUGUGAGCGGCCUCACCCUGAGGAUUUCCCUCCUCACCCAGACGACUUGCGUUACCAGGACGAGCUCCGUCACCGUGAUGGCCUUUUCUUUCCAGACGAGGCUUACCACCACCCGGACGAUCCAUAUUACGGACCAGGCAACCCGCCGCACCACUUCCCCAGAGGUCGAGGGCGCCUCACUCCCCCUCACUCCCCCUCAGAGGAGCCUUACUACAACCCCGACUACCAGCGGCACAGCCCCCCUCCUCCGCACUACGCUCCAAGGAGACCACCACCACAUUUUGAAAUCCAUCAUCCUGGUCUACGGCCUCCACAUCGGCCUCCCCUCCCGGCACACCACCCACACCCCAGAGGACCCCCCCGAGCACCAUUUCCUCGGUUCCACGGCCCCAAUCCAAGGUUGAGAGGCAAACGUCCAGGUCCAAGAGGAGGCGGAAACCCUGGUCCAAUGUUCCCGCCGAAAAGACCCUUUCCACCCCCACGGUACUGAGUGGACAUGUAGCUUUGAGCUCUUCAAAUCACUGUGGACGUCAUGAGGGCUGGGGCAGGGCUUUUAAGACUGUAACUUGCUAGGCUACUCAGUGUUGAAGUAUACACACUGCCAUGAGGAACCUGUGUAAAUCUGGGUGGAAUCAAAGGGCAGACACUGAGGUGGGCAUCAGGUGACAAAGCUGUACUGAAGUAGAAUCCAUUCAGCAGCUACCAGAAGAAAGAAGACCUGUGAAAGGCCAAGCAUAAAGGAUGUUGAGGAGAACAAGAGACAACCCCAGGAGACAAAUCGGAGGCUCUGAGAGGGCUGCUGAGCUGAAGAGUGAAGACCGAAGCGAAGAUUAAAGAAAAUAAGAGGUGGAUAUAUAUAUAUAUAUAUAUAUAUAUAUAUAGUUCACGUUUUGUGUUUGCCCCAGUCGGAAGCGUUGCAUUAUCUAUGUAAUUCUGAGCGUGAGUCCGGUAAAGGUCAGAGUGUGUGCAUGGCAUGCGUGUGCAUGUGCUCAAGUGUAAGUUAAGUAGUCGCAGAAGUUGAAACCACGAUAGUUAUUUUUGCAAAGAGAGUAACAAAAGAAUGUAGUUGGUGCAAUGUUUCCGCUGUUAUUUCGUUUUUUCAGUGAGCAGUUUUGACUGCUUCUCUUCAUAUCAGCAGUUUCCCAGUAGCUUAUUGGUAAAACAUCAAUUUAAAUCAAAUCACUUUGGGUAUGAAAAACUGAGUGUAUGUGAUAUAAAUGAUGUUUCUUCUACAAUACUCGUUAGCGUAUUCAGGGUAAUGAUAUUACAUUGUUCCAACUCCGAAUGUUAUAUAUUUGUGAAGCGAUGCUUUCUCAGCCGGUGCGUGAGACCCCUGCGGCGAUAUUUUUACGUCUCGUUAAGUUCCUCGAAGGAGAGCGGCACAUGUCUACUCAA